CGCUUAAACAUUGAAAUAAUUACAAUAUCAUACAAGUUGUUCCCCUUGCAUAAAUUUCACAAAACUGAAGAAAUAUUUCAUAAACUUAUUUGUACUGAAGGAUUCUGUAUCUUUUUCAAUCAAAGUGGUGUCAAGACUGUGAUACAAACAUCCUAGUCUAGAAUGACUGAUCAAGAGGAACAAGAUGAUGAGUUAUUAGCAUUGACAAGUAUCUAUGACAACAUUCUAAAGGUCAUCAAGGAGGGUGACCUUAAUGGCGGAGAGUUGUCUGCAAGUCCAGUACUGCCUGUAAACUUUUUUGUUAAAAUUGUAAAGAAUCAGAAAGAAAGUACGGGAGAGAAGAGUGAGACUGAGUUACAUCGUAUUUCCUAUCUACCUCCUGUAUUGCUCAAUUUUAUCUUGCCAAAGGACUAUCCCUCAUGUAAUCCACCACAGUUUACUCUCUCGUGUAAAUGGCUCAAUAGACAACAGCUUGGCAAACUUUGUGAGAAGUUGGAUUCAAUCUGGGAGGAGAACAAGGGGUGUGUUGUGUUAUUUAUGUGGAACACAUUUCUGCAGGACGAGUUGUUUGACUAUUUGGACCUCAGUUCACCAUUGGAGCUAGCCCAUGUAAACAACCCGAGAAAAGACUCGGACCUUGACAAUCGUGCAAUUCAAGAAAUCUCCUCACAAAGUGAACUUAUACCUGUGAUAUUAGAGUUUAACAAACAGGAGAAGUACCGACAAUUUGAGAAAACGAGUUUCACGUGUAAAGUAUGUUUUAGUGAAAAAGCAGGUGUGAACUGUACAAUCUUCAGUGACUGUGAUCAUGUGUACUGUAAUGAAUGCAUGAGGGAAUAUUUUAGUGUACAGAUUAGAGAUGGUAAUGUUAAAGGUUUGGAAUGCCCGGAGGAUAAAUGUGAGUCACAGGCACACCCAGCCCAGGUAAAGAAGUUAGUGGAAGCAGAUCUGUUCAGCAAGUAUGAACAGUUGUUAUACCAGACGAGUCUAGAUACCAUGUCAGAUGUGACUUUUUGUCCCCGCCCACAUUGUCAAUCACCUGUGCUAAUGGAGAGGGAGACAACUCUUGCAAUGUGCGCAGUCUGUCAUUUUACAUUCUGUACCCUAUGCAGACUAGUUUAUCAUGGAUUGUCUCCCUGUAAAUUAAAAUCAGAUGGUUUACUAAAGUUACGUGAGGAAUACUUGUCAGCUGACAGUGCCACGAAGAAGUUACUGGAGAAACGAUAUGGGAAGGUCACCAUACAGCAAGCUCUGGAAGAAAGCUUUACUAAUGAAUGGCUCAAAGAACACUCUAAACAGUGCCCAGGCUGUGGAGCAUUUAUUCAGAAAAUUGAUGGCUGCAACAAGAUGACCUGUAUGAAAUGCCGAGCAUAUUUCUGUUGGAUAUGUAACAGUUCAUUGUCACGUGCCAACCCAUAUUCUCACUACAAUAGUAACGGGUCUCCAUGUUUUAACAAAUUGUUUGAGGGUGUUGACAUAGACGGAGAUGACUGGGAGGAUGACUGGCAUUAGUUAGCGUCAACUUAAAAUUGCACUUUAAAAAAAGGCUUGAAACUUUAGUAAUUGUUUGAAUUAUACAUAUUAAAUUGUAUUUAAAAAUUGCCGGAAUAAUAAAAUUUAGUUUCUCUCUUUUUAAUUUCAUGUAGGAAAUAUUAAAGGUUUGUUUGCAGUCGGGCAACAAAUAUAUAAAUAAAUAAAGCACAUGCUUCAAACUGACAUGCUUAUAUAUUGUUUUAUUAUGAUAGAGAUGUUUUAAACUUCAUACGUCCUGUUGUAAUUUUUGUUAAAAAUUGUACAGUAAGCUCUGUUGAUAAGGAUACUCUGAGGACUGCAGACUGUUUUAAAAGAAGCAAGGUAAAAAAAAGCACACAUAAAAAAGAUGACAUCAAAUGUUUAAUGGCUAUAUGAAUAUGUCACAAACAAAAGUAUUUUCAGCUUGUAGUCAUUAGAGUGUAAUAACUAAACGAUUUUAUGGAAAUAAUGAUACUUGAUUCAAGAAAUAUGCCAUUUAGAACAAAAAAGCAAAAAAUUAACUUUUAUUUAAUUUAAUAUCAUUAAAAAUAAAACAUAUGCCAAAAAAACUAAUAUGGGUGAUUUGGAUUUUAUCAUUUAUAUAAUCAAUUCAAUAAAAACAAACAAUUUUCUUUAGCUUUCUGCAUUUUGUCUUCUUCAGAAAAAAAAAAUGUUUAUAAUACACAAAUGACACAAGUUCUGUUUAACUUUAAAAGGAAUAACGAGAAAAUAAAAACUUUGUCAAAUUUAAAGAUAAUCUUUCAAUUAAAACAUUGCUACAUGAAUACAGCAGUGAACAAUACAAUAUACUAUAUAAUAUACAUAGAAUAUAGAUCUACACAAAGUCAUGUGAUUUUAUUUUUUUAUUUUAUCACAUAUAAAACCAAGUAUUGCACCGGUUAGCAAAAAAUAAUUCAUUUUAUUGAUUUAAAUCAGAACAUGUGGUUAAUGUUAUACUUACAACAUGUUUUUAGAUUGUUAUCUUUAAUGAGAUAUUAGUCUUUUACGAUGACAGAUUGUAUAUGGUUGUUUACAAUUUAAUAAACAGUUUGAAAAAUAUUAGGUCAUUGCUUUAACAUAUGUUUGUAUAUUGUUCUAUUUUGAAUUUUUGUUAUAUGGGAGUGAAGAGAACUAUAAUGGUAUAGGAAAACCAGUAUUAUAGUGGUGAUAGCCUAUGUUAGUUGAUAGUUUAUACAAAUUUAUUUUACUUCCAUUGUGUUGAACAAUAUAUGCUUGUUGAAACACUCUCUAAUCAGUACUAAACAAUGAGUGUUAAGCUUCUUGCUCAUGGAAACAGCGGCUUGCUCCUGUCUGGGUUUGAACCCACGCGGCCAUCUAUAACUAGUCUAUAUGUUGCUAAGCUUGAUAAUCGUACAAGAAAUAAAAAAUUUACCUCUGUCAUUUGAUAUAUUCAUUACUAGGGUAAUUAAGUAGAUUAUUUGACAAGUGGAAUAUAGUUGAUCUAUUAUUACCGAGUACAAUUUAUAUUUAGACUAAUGAUAAACAUUAUGAAUUCUACUUUUCCUAGUUAGUCAGGUUUUCUAUGUCUAUAUAUCGAACUUUCACAGAAAUUGUUGUUUUUUUUAAUGUGCAUUUAAUUUUGGAUACUCUUCUAUGCACAAUGUUUCUGACAUUUCUAAAGAGAUUACAUGUAACCUUUAAUUAUAAUUGGCAAAAAACCUAGUUUUGUGACAUUUACAGUCACUUGGAAUUCUAAUUCUAUUGAUCAUGAUGAUUUAAAUUUCUAUUAAUAUACACUGUAGGUACCUUGUUGCAAUCACUAUUUUCUGUCAAUUCAGUAAUUGUACAAUGUAAAGAAUUGUAGAUAUUAUUUUUGACCAAUGUAAAUGGUGCGACUUGUAAUAUAACACAAGUCUAGAUUGUAUUUUAUUAUUUUUCUCCAUAUUUAUACCAUUGUGAUAUUUAUUAUUUUACCUUUAAACAUUCUUGUAAAGAAUGUCAGUGAUUCAAGUCACAGAAAUUUGUGAUGUAACAGAAAUUUGUGAUGUAAUUCAAGUCAAUAAGACAUUGAUUGUAAUUAUUUAUGUAAAGUUGCUAUGGUGCUUAUGAUUAAGUUCAUAGUUAUUCUAAAAUAUACUAGCCGCGUCACGACAAAACCAUCAUAGUGCGUUUGCGACCAGCACGGAUCCAGACCAUCCACGCAGUCUGAUCAGGAUCCAUGUUGUUCGCUAUCAGUUUCUCUACUUGUAAUAGCAUGAAUCCUGAUCAGAUUGUGUGGUUGCGCAGGCUGGUCUGGAUCCAUGCUGGUCGCAAACGCACUAUGUUGGUUUUGUCGUGACAUGGCAUAUUUUAGACUUUAUGUGCUCAAGAAUACUUUACAAUUGUUUAUUGAAUUUUAUUUAUUUCCUAUCAUGUAUUAGAUAUUGUUAAAUUUAGCAACUCUUUAUUAAAUUAGUUGCUCACCUGAUAAACUAAUUAGUUAAUCAUUUACACAUUGUUUCGUUUUAUGUUCUAGCACUUACAGUGUUGAGAGAUAUUCUUUGCUAGUUGCAUAAAGUAAUUUAUUUUACAAUCUCCUAAAAUGUUUAUAGAGAGGUUAUUUCCUCAUGCACAAUAUUUGUGUAUAUUUACGAGGAUGUUGUAUGUCAUUCAUGAAUGUUUAAAUGUGCUAUUCAAUUACCCAUUGUGACAUAAUUAUGACCAUUUAUCUGGAGAGGAAAAAAAAUGUCCACAAAGUAUCGGCAAUUCACUUACACACAUCAAUUCAGCAACACAAACAAAAUUUUCUUUCAUUAUAGUGCUAAACUUUUCCAUGUUGAAUUCAUAGAAACACUAUUAGAUAUCUGUCACAGUUCUUUCAUCUUCACAUAAGUAGUUGAUGAAAAUCUUUUUUAUUUUAUACAAGGGUUAUAAUAA